CUUAUCGUUUUAAACCUUUCUUUCCCCGAGCUCAAGCUUGCCUGCCACUGCUUACUAUAAACCCCCUCUCUUCUCCAGCAUCAUCAGCUCCAUUUCACCCCUUUUAGCUUACCCUCUACUAAAGCUAAAAUCAAACCAGUAGUACCAAAUCCCAAGAAACGAAAGAAACAUGUCCGGCGUCACCGAAUUUAUCUUCUUCCACCUCAACCCCGCCAUCAAACCCGAAGACCCCACCAACAAUGAAGCCGGCGCUUCGCUCCUAGAGCUCUUCAAAAACACCAAACACCAGAACGGAUACCUAGGGUCCUCUUGGGGCCGCUCAAUCGAAGAUGAGAAUGUGGUUGUUUGGGUGAUUGCCCCAUCCACCCCAUUAACAACCUUCUACGCAACCCUCUCCCCUCCUCCUCCCGCACACAAAACCCACGAUCUAUCCGCCUCACCCGUAACCGAGAUCUUCACUCCGUGGUUCCCGACCUCCAUGUCCGCGGACGAGACGAAGAAACUGCACGAGAGCCUCGUGGCGUUCCGGACCGAGCUGGUGGAGAAUCUCGAGGAAGGGAAACGGCCUCGAGGGUUGGUCAUGGGGCAGGUGGAACGGCCUGGGACGCGGAAGCAUGGGGAUAGUCCGAGCGGGGAGGCGUUUGGGAUGGUGGUAUUGGCGGGGUGGGAGAGCGUGGAGGCGCAUAUGGAGAUUAAGGGGACGGAGGCGUUUGGGAGGGGGAUUGGGCCGAUUAGGGAGUGGAUGUUGAAGGGGGAUGGGGGGGAUGUGGAGAAGGGGGAGGGAGGGUUUGGGAUUAUGAGGCAUGUGAGGUUUCAGAAGGUGGAGUGA